AUGACGGAGAGCAAAUCUUGGCGUGGUGUUUACGAGGAUUUCCUUUGGAGUCUUUACGAAGAUUCGCACUCGAUUAUUGCUGAGAUCACGCAUUUAUGUGAUGAGAUACCGGCACCUUUGAGAGAUCCAUCGAAAUCUUGCUUUAAAUCGAUUCUCAUCGAUUUUACGUACUUCGAGAAAAGUGAACAAUUCGAGUUGGGUUUUCGAGCGAAAAAGGAUCUAGAUGAUUUAUUCUAUAAAGAACACGAGGAUUUUCUUGGCCGCUUCGAAAAACUACUCAAUGCCAUCGCUAAUUUCAUUCACGGAUUUCAAGAAUACUGUGAACAAAGAGGAGGCGAUGAGGGAGGUGGAUGGGCGAGUGGGGAAAUCGAUUUGGCUAGAGAAUUGGAGAUCGAAAUCCUCUCCCUAUCGGCUCAAAUGUUAAUCCUUUUGGAGAGGAAACUCCCAGGGAAAUUGGCUGAAUAUCUUUUCAUUGCAAUUUAUCGAAUCAGCGACGAUCGAACGAAUGUCGAGUUUUUGGUGGAUUUUUUGCGAUCACGGGGCCUCAAUGAUUCCCUAUUCAAGAGAGUCAAACUGAAUAACGCUUUCGUUCGCGAUGUGAUUCGCGUCUUUGACUCCGGCUUUCAACAGGCGAUCCCAGGCCAAGCGAUUCGGCUACGAUCUUGUGCUACUCAACUUCUUUGCGGAUGCCUCUUUUUUGCGCCAAACAUUCUCAACGAUGCGUCAUUAAUGCGAAAAUUGGUGGACAACUAUUUCAGAGAUCAAUGGGUUUUAUCACUGGGAAUGGGGAUUGUGGUGAAUUUGUUCGAAGAAUGGCAACCAUACAAAGCUGCCAUCAAUGCACUGUCGAAUGGAGUGGAUUUGAUAAAGGCUCGUGGCUUAGCAGAGGAGCGACUAAAGCGCUUGAGAGCCACCGAGUUUCCACAGGGGACAAUUGGAGCGGAAAAGCUUCGCCCAUGCAUUGCAUUGAUCAAUCAAUACAAUAAUGACUUGAGAUGGCUUGUUUUACAUUCUGCUGAUCAAUCACUGAGCAAGAAAUCGACCUCCUAUUUGGCGGCUGUACAAUCAGCCACUCAAUUCCAAUUGAAAUCCCUUCGAGCCACUCUACGCAUUGCCAACUUUGAGAUCGAGUUUUUUAAGACAUAUAAUGAGUAUCUCGGGGAAAAGGAGGCCUCAAUUUCUCGUCUAACUGAAGCCACUUGUGAAAUGAUCACUGAAAUUGCGGCCGUUUUCAAUCAAGGAUUCGUCUCGUUGAAAGUCGAAAAGAAAACCAAAUUGCACGAUUGGCUGCUGAUGAUGAGGAAAACGUUAAAGGAAUCGACACCAAAAACGCCGAAAGAAGGAGCUGAUUUGGCGAUGAGUGUGAAAAGGAGAAUUGUUCAGGUUGGAGAGAUGCUGGAUCUUGGAGGGAACCUAGCAAUGGCACAAUAUUUGGAAAAGAUCGGUCAACAAUUGGACGCUCUAGCAGCCGCUCAUUCAGUAAGCGCUGACGAUUUGCGACGAGCCGAGAUUUCCGCGUGUUCUGCCUAUGCAUGGACGAUUGUUGACUCCUGGGCUCCUCAAGUCGAGAAAUUGUUGAUCGAAUCGUCGAACAGCGCCCCAGUGAGAGCACUUUUUUACAAGCUAUCGUUGGCUGUGCAAAAUCUUUUCGCCGAAUUGCAUACACCUGAUCGAAAAAGACUCAUCACUGCCGCUUACUCGUAUCAAUUGGAGAAAAGAUUACGAAGAAUUGUUCAAUCAGUCCCUCGCCAUCUCUUCGUUUUGUUGAAAGGAAAAGUGGCGCCAUUGUUGGAGACGAAUUGGCCACCACAGAUUUUGAAAGAACAGGCAAAAGAAAUGGCUGAUUUCGAGAGCAAUUUCAAGUUGGCUGAAGCCACGUCAACGAUCAGCAAUAUGAGCGUCGGCAUAUCAAGAAUGGCGCUCACUAAAGUUGGCACAUUAGAAGUUCGACCCCGAGAGCUUUUGUUGGAGGGAAUCCGCGCAGAGCUUCGACUUCGACUCCCCGAAGUGAUGAAUUGCAAGGAAAACAAUUUGAAAACUUUUCUUGAUUCAUUAACGAAAACCCUUCACUCAUUGCACUCAUCAUUUUUGUAUUUGUGUGAACACAUUGAUGUGGCCGGGCAUGAGAUGUGGAGGCAAGAGCUGGCGAAUUGCCUCGAAAGGCAGGGUGAAGACGAGGUUGGACUUUUGAUCUCACAAGAAGCGAGCAAGGGAAAGAACGGGCUACAAACAGCGUGGAGUCCAGCAACAGCACUGGGACAUCUUGCACAAAUGUUAUUCAACGCGUCAUCCCCUAGUUUAACGCGUUAUUCGGAAACGGAAAUGAGUUGGCGAGAGAUAAAAACGAAUCGAGAGACGCUAACAAGCAAUGAAACGAAUGCGAUCGAGACCUGGGUGCCGUCUGUUGCCAUCGAUUGUGUGGAUCGUUUACUUUGUCGACUUUUGGAGGGAAUUUUGAAACACGUGACGAUCACAAUUACGACGCUCCUUUCCGGCACUCAAAAUCUCAUCCUCGACGAGGCUUUCUUCAAGUCGAAAUCGUUCGAUUCUUUGCAAAGAUCACUCGCAAAUCAGACACAAUUACAUAACGAGAUUGCAAAGAUUGGCAACUGUGUGCUGAUUCGAACACUCUUGAAUCAGUCACGUCGAGAGGCGUCUCGACUCCGUGCACCCGCUCUGACAUCAGCUCUAAAAGCCGCCAAUCAAUGUGCUCUCAUUUCCCUUGAUUCGAUUCCCGAGUCAACGAUCGAUUUCCUCUACGAGUUGCUCUCCGAAAACGCCUCAAACACACCUGAAUUGACGAAAUUCCCGAAUCUAAAGGCUCACUCUCAAAUGGGUCUGCUCCUUUUCGUCAUCAUCGUCGCGCUUUCGCCGAAAUUCGCAAACUCAAGCAUUUGUACACCAUCGACUCUAAUGGGCAUCAAGGCGAUCUCCCAUCAAUUCAAUUUGCAUACCGAAAUUCUCUCAAUUGCUCAACUCUAUCAUGACACGAACAGGGCAUCGACAAAUGGUGGGAAAAUAUCUUCAAAUCUAAAGAUCCUAACUAUCGUUGCUAGAACGUUAGCC